AUGCCUAUUAAUAUUAGAGCCAAGCCCGCACAUAGCAAGCUGUCUGCAGUUGCUAAGAGUAGUGGGCACACAGAUGGAAGCGCAUCUCAUUCACGCUUCUCAAGGUCUCCUAAACAGGGGAAAGGCAAACAGGCUGUGAGCUCAACACCAGGAUGUCGCUCGGGGCUUGAGCCUGGCUGUGUGUCGGGGGGUGCGCCCGCACAAGCGUCUAAGCUGGCUGGAACGCAAGGGUCAGUGUCAAAGCCUGGUUCAAAAAUCAAAGCUGGCACAGCAGCAGACAAAGGCUCAGCUCAUGGGUCAGCAAGAGCUCCAAGUGGUAAAACCCUGUCCAUGGAGAACAUUCAGUCGUUAAGCGCUGCUUAUGCCACUUCUGGCACCAUGUAUCCCAGUAAGCAAGAGUCCUUGGAACCCUCUGGUGGGUAUCCUAAGGGCACCCUGACAUUAGGUCGGAGCACCAGCCGCUCCUCUUACACCAGCCGGACAACAGCCAUGGGCAGCAGCCCAAACAUCACAUCCUCUGCAACACAUCACAUGUCGGACACUCGUGGAGACCAAGCUGCGUUUUCUGAAGGGACUUCAAGUUUGCAACGACAAUCUGGAAGAUUUAUGCAGACGUCAGAUUUGGCCGUGCGGACAGAGGCUUCCACCUAUGAUCUCCAGGCUCAGCUGAGGGAGUUGCAAAGAGAGAACAACAGUCUCCGGAGAGAACUGAAAGAAGGGAUGGAUAGAAAGACGGGUUAUGGCACGAACAGUGUCGAUUUCUGGAGCCCGGAUGUAAAGAGAGAUAAGGGGAGCUGGCGAGAAGACGGAGUGAGAACCUUAGUUGUGAAAGACCAGUACAGGGUGAACCAAGAAGAAAUGCAGUCAGAAGAUAUCAGAAGGAACAAGCAACUUCCAUUAACAGUUCAGGAGCUACAAGAGGAGCUUAAAGCUCACAGAGAGACGAACAGUCGCCAGCGGCAACAGCGGUAUCAGGGGAACUCCUAUCGAGAACACCACGUGGAUCAGGAGUUCAGAGGACUGAGCCCUGAACACAGCCCCAGGCACAGUCUCAUAAACCUGCACAGUCCUGCACCAAAGAACAGCCCCAAAGCUAGCCCAUCUAACACCUUGCGUUGUAACCCAAGGCAACAAGAAGCUGAUGUCAUCAUCCACAGCCCUGGGUAUGGCUGUAACUCUGCAGCAGCCACACAGAGACUGAGCCCAGCUGGUGCCUUUCAGCCUGGGCAGAGGACCAGUCCAAAUCAUCAGCUCUACAGUCCCAGCAAAGGUCCAGCAGUCGGGACCAGUUCUGGCUCUCUUCGGCCCUGCAGCCCCUGUCAGGUGCCUGGGUGUGAUGGCUUUUCCUCACCUCCUCCCUUGGAUCCAUCAGAGGAGAACUUCUUCAGAUUGCAGUCGGAGCACGAGCGGCAAGCCAAGGAGCUGUCCCAGUUAAGGAAGACCAUGGAGGACAUGGAGAUCAGGAUCGACUCCCAGAAGCAGACUCUGGGGGCUCGAGACGAGAGCAUUCAGAGGCUGCUGGAGAUGCUUCAGGGUCAAGGUCAAGGACAGGGCCGGGGGCAGCGGACAGGGAUAAUAGCCAUCGCAGCGCAGGAGGCUGAAGCCCAGCUGGAGAACAUGCAUUUGAAAGAGGACACAAAGAUCUCUUCCCUGGAAAGAAACAUCAGAGACUUAGAAGAUGAGGUCCAGAUGCUAAAAACCAGCGGCCUGUUGCACCCAGACGAGAGGCAGGAGGAGCUCAAGCAGGUGGAGGUCUACAAGAGCCACUCUAAGUUCAUGAAAACUAAGAUAGAGCAGCUGAAGCAGGAGCUGAACAAGAAGGAGUCCGAGAUGCAGACCCUGCAGACCAAACUAGACACACUGAUCAAUCAGAACUCUGACUGCAAGCAACACAUUGAGGUGCUGAAAGAGUCUCUCAGUGCCAAGGAUCAACGGGCCAAUACUCUGCAGACAGAGGUUGAUGCUCUGCGAGUGCGUCUGGAAGAAAAGGAACAGAUUUUGACCAAGAAGACCAAGCAGCUGCAGGACCUAGGCGAUGAAAAGAGCACGCUUACAGGAGAAACCAGAGACAUGAAGGACAUGCUGGAUGUCAAGGAGAGAAAAGUCAAUGUCCUGCAGAAAAAGAUUGAGAACCUGUUGGAACAGUUGAGAGAUAAGGAAAAACAGCUCGCUGGACUGAGAGAGAGGGUUCAUGGCCUUCAAACGGACUCCAGCAACACAGACACGGCACUGGCAACACUGGAAGAGGCUUUAUCAGAAAAGGAACGAGUGAUAGAGAACCUCCGGGAGCAAAAGGAACGAGAAGACAGGGUUCGUUUUGAAGAGCUGGAGCAGAUGAGGAAAGAGAACCAGGAAUUAAGGGACAAACUGGCAGCUCUGCAACCCCCAAAACCAUUACAAAGCCAGGUCACUAACCCCAUCACAACCCAGAAAUCUGAUGGAGAGAUGCAACACAAAGUAGAUGGGCUUCCAGCAAUCAGCCCCACGACCCAAAGGACAGAGGAUGCUGUCAGGAUGUGUCCAGACAUUACAGAUCGUCUGCGGCUUCUGGAGCAGGAAGUGUCCCGCUACAGAGAGGAGUCUCGGAAGUCCCAAGCUGAGGUCGAGAGGCUAAAGUGCGCUCUGAAAGAUGCUGAAACGGACAAAUCAUGCAAGGAAAGGAAAACAGUUGAUUAUGAGAGACCUGGGCAAAUCAAGUCUCCAAACAUCCAGAAGCAGAUUAUGCCAAAUGAGAUGAGGAAGGAUGCUUUGACAGAUGGACAUCCAUACUCUUUAUCACAGCUUCCUCUUCCCGCUUCCCAGGAUGCUAUGCGGGAGACGGCAGAGCGGAUUAUGGAGCUGGAGAAGGCGCUGAGAGAAAGCAUGAACACCUCAGCACAUAGGGAGGCUCUGUGGGCGCAGGAGGAGGCCUCCCGUGUUCAGGCCCAGAGACAGUUGGAAGAGUUGCUGGGGGCUUUGGAAAAAACACGGCAGGAGCUAGAUGCCACUAAAGUGCGCCUGUCUUCUACUCAGAAGUGCCUGCAUGAACGAGAUGGACACCUCAACCAGCUGCAACAGGAGAGACGCAAACAGCUGGAGGAGAUUCUGGAGAUGAAGCAACAAGCUUUGCUGGCAGCCAUCAGUGAAAAAGACGCUAACAUUGCCUUGCUGGAAUUAUCAUCCUCUAAACGCAAGAAAGCCCAGGAGGAAGUGAUGGCACUGAAGAGGGAAAAGGACAGGCUCAUGCACCAGCUCAAACAACAGACUCAAAGCAGGAUGAAGCUGAUAGCAGAUAAUUAUGAGGAAGAUUAUGUCCAUCCCCAGCAUCAUCCUCAUCAUUUGCACCACAUGCAUCAGGCAAAUGUGCAUCAUCGGAGUCUCCCAAGAGGGGCCCCCCAUGCUAACCACAGACCCCCCAUAGACCAGGAUGAUGAGGAGGGAAUAUGGGCAUGA